UAGCUCGCCAGUAUAGACAGCUGCCUCGCUCGCCUUACUUCAGCGGCUGAAGUGGCUUGCAGCUGCCAAUUGUAGCAGAAUGCCAGCCUACGUUCCGCCUGCUCUGCGCGGGGUUGUUGGACAGCAGGCAGAUGGGCAGUCCAGGCUGAGUGAGAGAAUCUGGCGUGUAAAGCUUGAAUACAGUACUGGCGGUCCGUUCGACGCGGUGGAAUGCCCCGAAACAUUGCUGGACGCUGCUGAUGCUGAUCAAACGCCAGAGUUUACCGUCCGCCAAUUCGAGUUGCCUUCUGAAGCUAGCACCGGCGAACUUCGGCAGCUGCUAGAAUGGUUCAAGAAGGCUAGCUCAGCGACGUCCGAGCAGUUUCCACACGGCGAUCCCAGGUGCCAGCUGCUCUUCCCGUCCUCCCUCAGCAAGGAUGCACGCAAGCUCCUGCACCAGAUGGCUCAGGGCAUGCAGCUGCCGACCUUCAGCAAGGGCCUGGGUGAUGAGCGGCGGCUGGCGGUGCACGGCUGCGGCUUCCGCGACACCCCCGAGAUGGAGGCGGAGGUGGCUGCGGCGACGGCACGCAGGCGGGCUCCAAUGGCGGUGCGGGAGCGAGCCAAGCAGAUCUGGAAGUGGUGCCAGGCUGACGGCGGGGCGCUCUGGUCGCUGAGCCAAGGCGAGCUUGAGGAGGCCCUGAUGGCGGCCCCGGGCGAGGCGGCGCUGCCCCCCGCCGUGAAGGACCUACUGGAGCGCAGGGAGCACGGUGCGGCCCUCAUUGCCGCCAUCCGCAACGGCGACUCGGCCACUGCGCUGGCGCUGCUGGAGGCGCACCCGCGGGCCGCGUGGAUCCGCUACGAGGAGGUGGUGCCGGCCCCCGCUGCUGCUGGGGCUGGGGCUGGGACUGGGGCUGGGGGCAGUGCCGGCCCUGCCAGCCGCGGCGGCAGCGGGGGUGGAGCACCCCUACAGGCAGCACCCGCAGCUGCAGGACCCGCUGCUGCUGGCGGCAGCCCUCCUGGUGCCUCCCCCGCUGCCCUGCCUGCCUCCCCUGCUGCCCUGCUGGCCGACUCGGCGCUGCAGCAGCACGGGUACUACCCGCUGCACCUGGCGGCGCUGGCGGGGCUUGGGCAGGUGGUGGAGCGGAUCGCGGCGCAGCCUGGGGCGGUGGAGCAGCGCGACCGCAUGUACGCCACACCCCUCAAGGUGGCCAAGAAGGCGGGCCGCACUGACAUGGUGGAGAUCCUGCUGAGGCACGGAGCAAAGGACUACGAAAUCAACCAGGCCGCCCACAAGACCGCAGCCGUCGGCAUCCCCAACCAGCCCCAGCAGCACUCCAACCAGCGCCGCCCCUCGUACGGCAGCUACUCCGGGUCCCCGCACAACCACCCCCAGCCGCACCACCACCUGCAGCAGCAGCACCAUGUGGGGUCGCCUGCGGGCGGCCUGGGCACCUCGCCCCACACCCCCACCACCGGCGGGGCCUACAUGGCAGCACAUGCUGCAACACGCCAGCAGCGCCGUAUGAGCGGUGGGGAGGCGUCCGCGGCCGCUUCAGGAGGUGCAGGAAGCGCGGGUCACAGGGCUGGAGCGCCCCCGCUACCGCCGCAGCACACGCAGCAGCAUGGUCAUGCGCAGCAGCACCAGCACCAGCAGCAACACGGCCAGCAGCAUGCGCAUGCGCAUGCGCAGAAUCAGCAGCAGCAGCAGCAGCACGCCCGGCGCCGCAGCCACGACGAGCACACCGUGGUGCACCACGCGCAAGGUGCCGCUGAAGAUCCGACUCUGAACCCCUUUGCCGUACUUGCCACACCAGACAGCAGCAGCGGCGGGGCUCCCCCCACUCCGCCGCCUGCCGCGCCUGCAGCAGGAGGUGCUGGCGGGGGCGCCGCCACCCCUGGCGGAGGCCGCCGGAACUCCAGUUCUACCGGCAGUGGCCUGCCGCCACGGCCGCCAGCAAAUGACGUUACUUCUGUCGCUGCCAGCACUGGCGCCAUUCCCGCACCCGCAGCUGGCGGCAGCGACAGCGACAGCAGCGGCACUGGUGGACGUGCCGCUCGGGCCAACCGUGCCAAGGGUCAAAACUCGCGUUGUUUCCUGCCGCCUAUCAUGUCGGGAGAGGUUUCGGAGGCUAGCGUGCUGGCGGCCUUGGGCGCCAUUCAGGUUUCGGCAAAGCCGGUGCCGCGGCCUGUAGCUGAGGUGAAAGAAGGCUCCGGCGGGGGUGCUAGCAGCGGCCGCGGUAGUGGCGGAGGCGGAGGCAGCGAUGACGAAAAUAGUGCAUCUGGGGAUGAUGCAGCCGCUGCUGGUGGUGACGGUGGCGGCGGUGGCGCGGAGGAGGGGCCGCGGAAGCGCAAGACACGGCGGGGACGUCGGGGCAGGGGCAGCCGCCGUCACUCCGUCGCGACAACGGACGAAGCGGUUGCCGUGGCGACGGCGGCGGCGGCCAACGCGGAAUUCGCUGAUACUGUUCUGGGUGGGCAGCCGCCGGCGGGCAAGCGUCGUAGCAGCAGCGGCGGCGGCGGUUUCAUAGGCUCUGCGCCGACAGGAGCAUCAGGCGCCCAGCUCAUGUCUGCCUUCAUGUCCCGUCGCAGUGGCGGCGGUGCCGGUAGCGGUGGCGGCGCCAAGCCAGGCGGCAGCAGCGUCGGCGGCGAGAGCAGCGAUGGCAGCGGCAGUGAUGGAAGCGACAGCGAUGCCAGCGGCGGCGGUUCCCGUAGCCGGCGCGGCGGCCAGCCCGCCAGGGCGCGUCGCCACGAGCGCCGUCGGGCCGCGCGCGUUAGCGGCGCGGACGGCGGCGGCAGCGACCGCCACCGUCGCAGCAGCGGCGCGGACUACGCCAGCUUCCACCAGGGUCACGGCCACGGCAAGGGAAGCCACCCCGGCGGCCCCGGUGGGCACUACCACGUGUACGGCGGCUCGCAUCACGGCCAUGCUGACGACGCCACCAGGUGGCGCCGCGACGCGCCGGCUGGUAUUGCGCCGCCGUCGCCGUUGCGUAGCGGAGGAGCCCCAGGAGGGGAGGAGCCCCGGCAGCCGUUGGCGGCGACGGGACGGCCGCCGGCACCUCGGCGCGCGAGUGCGGGGUCGGCCGCGACACCGCCGCUGCCGCCUUCAACGGUGGCCGCCGCCGCUGGCAGCGCUGGAGGUAGCGGUGCGUACCACCCUUUGGAGGCCCCAACCAGUAAUUCGCUCCAUUCGGCAUCGCAUGGGCCGCGGGAGCAUGUUGCAGCAGGGCCAGCUGCCGGGGUUGGCUUUGGCUUCGGGCGGGGCCGCGGUCGCGGCACGGCUGCUCCGGCGGCCCCCGGUAGUGGCAGCGGAGGCGGCGGCCUACCCUCGGCCCCCGGCUCGCCCAUGCGCGCAUCGAGCAGCAUUGCUGCGGCAGCUGCUGCUCCGCUGGCGCCUGGGGCACAUUGAAAGGGAAAUAUGCCGGGAUUUCCGAGUUUCCUUUGGCAGGGGCGUGUUGUUGGCUUUGGUGAUGUUUAACAGGUACUGCACCUGUACUCGUUGCCGUUUGCAGGAUGUUCAUUCCGCCAGGCAUGUAAUGAUCAUUUGCUCUCUUGGUGCGGACACCCAGCUCGACGGCUCCAGCUCGGCGGUAGUGCAUUAGUGGUGUAGGGUACCCGAACAAAGUGCCGAGCUUUGACAAGACGGAAAUAAGCCCUGUCGAUGGCCGUUGUUGGGCUGUAAAAUUGUGGUAGAGAGGGGUUUGGGAGGGGAGUGAGGGCAGUAGGUUCUUAGGCAUGGCUGGGCGUAAUAGCGUGCUCACCUUUUUCGCUCGUCCUUCCAUUGAAGGUAAAGCCUUGUGCACGUUACAUUCAUGCAGUUCUCUUAUAUGACGCACGCAGCAAGUCUUACGCAACUAGGGUUUGGAUUGAACAGCCAAAGGGAGUUGUUUGGUGUGCUUCGUGUCGCUCUACCAAAGCAGCCGAUAGACCGAUCCGCUGUUGGCGAAAGGUGUUGCUGAUUGCACGGAGUUGGCCCAUAAGUCGGCCUUUUAUUGGAGGUUAAUCGUUUUAGGCCACCGUGGGUCCACCGUGUUUGAAAUGCGGCAUGUGGUGUGCGAAUAUGUUGCUGUUUGGUGCCUAAGGCGGAAGUAAGGUUCCUGGGAUCAUGAGGAUUUAGAGAGGGGCGGUCGGGUCGAGAUUUCCUUUCAUGCAUGCCAUAACUUGUUUUCGGCAGGGGGUGUUUAGACAUGAUAUCCAAUUCCCUCGCCGUGUUUCAAGUGGUUUAGGGAGAGGUGCGUGGGUUGUAGGUGCGGUUUGUUGCGGGCGGAUGCAUCAGGACUUCACCAGGUUUACAGGCAUCUUAUUGGUCUUAGCGUACCUCGGUACUGAUCCUAGCAUUCCUCGUAACGGGACGGGCGUGGGCCCAUGCAAUGUAAAUAUAUACGAAGCAUAACCAAAAUUUAACACAACACACUCA